AUAAGGAAGAUCUAACUUUAGAGGAAUUGUUGGACGAAGACGAAUUACUCCAAGAAUGUAAAGCACAUAAUAACAAGUUGAUUGAAUAUCUUCGUAAUCCAUCAAUUCUCUCUCAACUAUUGAAUUACAUAAUUCGGGACGACUUGGAAGAAAAUAUGAGAUAUAAGUAUGUUGUGCAGUUAGAACUGAAUUUUCAAAACAGUAUCCUCGCUGUCGUUGAUAAUGUAGAUCUACUCAGUUCAUUUUGGCAAUUCUUGGAUCGUGCGUCACCAUUGAAUCCAUUACAAGCAAGUUACUUUACUAAGGUCAACGUGGUAUUCCUACAAAAAAAGAUGAGCGAGAUGGCGAAAUUUAUUCAAUCCAUUCCCAAUGUUGUAAAAAAGAUGUUGAACCAUAUGGAGACACCUACCAUUAUGGACUUAUUACUCAAGCUUAUCAGCGUGGAGGAGUACCCGGAAGGUGCCGGGGUGCACUCAACGGCGGCUCAGGUCCUUAUCGAAAUUAUUAACAUUUCCCAAUCAAGUAAUCCCGAGCAAGGAGGCGUGGGUCCGAAUGCUUUAAGUAGAGACCUCAUCAGCGAUUAUAGUGAGGAAGCUAUACUUUCCCUACCAUCACACCAACAACAGCAUCCUGUUGUUGACCUAAGCGACAUGUUGCGAGUUUUGGCCAACCGAAUAGGGGACUUUAAAGCAUUGCUUGAAAAUCCUAAGUCUGUGAUUGAUACGACCAUCGGAAAAAUGGUUCCCCUCGGAUUUGAAAGAUUUAAAAUUUGCGAACUUUUUGCCGAACUACUUCAUUGUUCAAACAUGAGGUUACUGAAUGUAGUUCGACCCGAGAUUUCAACUAACGGAUUUUACGAAUUAAAGCAUGUUGACAAUUAUUCUCAACCGAAUCGAGAUGUAUCAAGUGAAAACGUUCAGGAAACCGGGGGACCACAAAAUGAAAUGGAAACACCAAAUAAGGGAUCGCCUCAGAAGGACUCUAUUCAGUCAACAGGAUCUAAUCCAGAACCAUCAACUUCCUCGGUUUCGUCUCCCAUAUUAAUGGAAAUUGUAGAAAACGUACAAACUCCUCCCAGCUUAGAAUAUGCUGCGAACUCGAAUAAUACUAACGGACCAACCUCGCCUCAAUUACCGGUUUUUACCGACGGACAGCUCACAAAACGCAUUACAAAAGCACAGAGGUUAAAUGAUUACGAAGUGCAAUUUUACCUGCAACUUUAUAGCGAACAACCAAAGGGCGUGAGAUUAGGAUACAUGGGACAUUUAACGUUCAUCGCCGAAGAAGUCGUGAAGUUACUUGACUCAUACGCAGUUGAGAUCGGUGAGAAAGUUACAGAAUACAUUGAAGCUGAGGAUUGGCAGGAAUAUGUGUCAAAAACCCUACGUGAAACGAAGGAACGAAACCAGGCACAUCUAGGUGGUCAGCGUCCAAGUAAUCAUGAUAGUGCGUCGCCCAGUCGUGAAGAAAGCGAGGACGACGAUGAGGAAGAUGAUAACCCAAUCGAGACUGUUGCCGAUGGCGACAUGGCCAGUGAUCAGUUUGCGAGGUACCUGUGUCAACAGAUUACAAAUGACCUACCCGACAAGUUUUGUUCGUCGGACGAAAGCGACGAUGACGAGGAGGCAUGGAUGGGUGAUGAAUACGACAGGGAUGAGUUUGAGAUGCGCGGGCAUUUUGGAAGCACCAAUAUGCUUGAGGGUGAUUCUUUUGAGAGCCAAAGGUCUUCUCUAGGAGAUGAUUUAGCGGUCGAUAGCGAUGAAGAUCGUAAGCAACUUCUUACUGUUGCUGAUUGGUCGUCGGCAGACUUCCAAUCAGGUUUCAGAGCUUCAUCCAACACAACACAGACCUCCGACUCCCUUGUAUCCGAUCAACCUUACGCAGUUGCUAACUUCGUAUCUGCAGAUCAGCAGUCUACCACUUCCUUAUCUAUUCCAGUUUUAACGUCGAAGGAAACGAACGUUCAACAAACUCUAGCAAUUUUAAAAACUACUGAAGAUGGAAGGAGUCCUGACGUGGAAGGAUCCAUGGAGACAUCGAUCCAUAUUACAUCAUCUUUAGAUAAUUCGCAUGCACAGGAUUCUUCAGAUCGUAGCGAUGAGGGAAACCUAACGGACUUUGCUAUCCUUGAUAAAAUGGGUAUCAGCGGGAGCAGUGAUGAUAAAGUUCAAGAUGAUAGUCGUGACGUAGUUGACAAUGGAAAUUCAACUGUUGAGAAAGCAUGA